UUUUAAGCUCUUGCGUUCAGGGUUUUCCGAUUGGUGGAUUAGAAUUCGACGACAUGUGAAAGCUUUAGACAGGGUAUCAAGAUGUUAGGAGUGAAAGUUUGUGUAUCGGCAUUUGUUCUAGCUGUUUCAAUUUGUUCCUUUCAACUUCUUGUUGCAGCAAAGACUACCAAUCCAUCCGAAGUCAAUGCAUUACGAGCUAUCAAGAGCAGCUUAAUUGAUCCUAUGAAGCAUCUUGCUAACUGGAGGAAGGGGGAUCCAUGUACAUCACAUUGGACAGGAGUUUUGUGCUCCGAUACAGUUGGAGCAGAUGGAUACAUGCAUGUAGAACAAUUGCAACUGCUAAAUAUGGAUCUCUCUGGAUAUUUAGCACCUGAAGUUGGUCAUCUAUCCAAUAUUACAGUAUUAGAUUUUAUGUGGAAUAAUAUAACUGGGAGUAUACCAAAGGAGAUUGGGAAUAUUUCAACUUUGCAGCUCUUGCUUUUGAAUGGCAACAAAUUCUUUGGUUACUUACCGGAUGAGAUUGGAUAUCUUCAUCAAUUAAAUAGGCUCCAGGUAGACCAGAACCAAUUAUCAGGACCAAUACCAAAAUCAUUCUCAAACUUAAACGAACUUCGACAUCUCGACUUGAACAACAACUCAAUUUCUGGGAGAAUUCCAUCUGAGCUUUCCAAUUUAACGAAUCUUUUUCACUUGUUUCUAGACAAUAAUAACUUAUCAGGUUCUCUUCCAUCGGAGUUGUCUAACUUGCCAAGCUUGCGGAUAUUACAACUUGAUCACAACCACUUUGUUGGGGCUGAGAUUCCAGCUUCUUAUGGCAACAUGUCAAAACUAUUCAAAUUAAGCCUUAGGAACUGCAGUUUGCAAGGUUCUAUUCCUGAUUUAAGUGGGAUGAAAUGCCUUCACUAUUUAGAUCUUAGCUGGAAUCUUUUGUCUGGAUCCAUACCAUCACACAGGGUUUCUAAUAAUAUCACGACUAUUGAUUUGUCAAACAACCAUCUUAAUGGGUCAAUACCUGCGAAUUUAUCAGAUCUUCCAGACCUGCAGUACCUGUCACUUGCGAACAAUUUGUUGAGUGGCUCUGUAUCUUCUACCAUUUGGCAGAAUAUGACCUUCAGUCCCACUGCAAGACUCAUAUUGGAUUUCCGAAACAAUUCUCUUUCAAACAUUUUGGGGGAUCUUAAUCCUCCUGCAAAUGUCAGCAUAAGCCUUCGAGACAAUCCUUUCUGUCAACAUGCAAGUCAAGCAAACAUAACAUACUUCUGUGGAUAUGAAGUUGGAGGCAGAAAUACAAGUGGCAACUCAACCAACCAAUCAAGUGGUUGUCUGAUCCAAGCAUGUCCUGCAGAUUUCUUUGAAUAUGUUCCAGCAUCUUCCAAGCAAUGCUAUUGUGCAGCACCUCUUAAAAUUGAUUAUCGUCUGAAGAGUCCAAGCUUCUCAAAUUUUCCUCCUCAUGAACAUCAAUUUAAGACGUAUCUGGCUAAUUCCCUCAAUUUGGAACUUUAUCAGGUAUUUGUUAAUUAUUUUAUCUGGGAACCAGGCUGCAGGCUAAGGAUGCACUUGAAGAUUUUCCCUACAUACCGCUCAAAUGAAUUUAAUAGAAGUGAGGUUCUACGGGUCAGGCACAUGUUUACAACAUGGAAAUUUCCUCCUGACAACUUUUUUGGACCAUAUGAUCUGCUCAACUUCACUCUUUUGUGGCCUUAUUCUAGUGUGGCUUCUGAGCCCCAAAGCUCAUUGAUAAGCAAGGGUGUGCUGGCUGGUAUUGUAUUAGGGUCAGUUGCUUGUGUAGUUUCAGUUUCUGUUUGUCUCGUUGCAAUUCUUGUCACUAGAAGACGCGCAACAAGCUACCAUCACAUGUCAAGAGAACGAGCAUCAUCAAGAAGUUCAGUCAAAAUUGAUGGCGUGAAGGACUUUACCUUUAAAGAAAUGGCGCUUGCUACAGGCAAGUUUAGUGACUCAGCUCAAGUUGGUCAAGGAGGUUAUGGGAAGGUUUACAAAGGCAUCUUACCUGACAAAACAAUUGUGGCCAUUAAGCGUGCUCACGAAGGAUCCUUACAAGGUCAAAAGGAAUUCUUAACAGAAAUAGAAAUUUUGUCAAGGUUGCAUCACCGAAACCUGGUUUCAUUGCUUGGAUAUUGUGAUGAAGAACAGGAACAGAUGCUGGUUUACGAGUUCAUGCCUAAUGGCACACUGCGGGAUUGGCUUUCUGCUAUAUCAGAAGAUAGUCUGAGUUUCGGUACAAGGUUGCGCAUUGCAUUGGGUUCCGCCAAAGGCAUCCUAUAUCAUCAUACUGAAGCAGAUCCUCCUAUCUUCCACCGGGAUAUCAAGGCUAGCAACAUACUUCUGGACUCGAAGCUUGACGCUAAGGUUGCUGAUUUUGGACUCUCACGGCUUGCACCAGUUCCAAAUGACGACGGUGCUAUACCUGAUCAUGUAUCCACAGUUGUGAAGGGCACUCCGGGCUACCUCGAUCCGGAAUACUUCUUGACCUGUAAGUUAACGGCUAAGAGUGAUGUCUAUAGCCUUGGCGUUGUAUUUCUUGAACUCUGGACAGGGAUGAAAGCAAUAGCACAUGGUAAAAACAUCGUUCGUGAGGUGAACAUGGCAUACCAAUCUGGUAAAGUGUUCUCAAUCAUAGACAACCGGAUGGGCUCUUAUCCCUUUGAAUGCGCCGAAAAGUUCUUGGCUUUGGCUCUCCGGUGUUGCCAAGAUAAAAACGAUGCGCGACCUUCAAUGUCAGAUGUUGUUAAGGAGCUAGAGAACAUACUUUCUAUUAUGACUUCAGAGUCUGAUAUCAUUUUGCCAGAAUCCUCAACAACUCAUUCUGAAAGUUUGACACCACCAUCUUCAUCAGCCUCGGUACCAAAACAUGUCUCAUUUGAUGUUUCAGGCGGUGAUCUUGAUAGUGGUGUUAUCCCUACCAUCACACCUUGCUGAAAAGUAAAGGACAAAAAAAAAAGUCAAGUUCUCCAUAGCUGUGAUUUGUAGAUAUCAAGAAAUGGUUAAAUGCA